CUCAGUCGAAAAGUGCGUUCGCAUUGCGCACUUCAAGGCAAACUAACAAAACAUUCACUAAAAAACAUAAAUUAAAAAAACGCGACUUGUUAAAUAUAUAAAAGAUCUUACAACUUAAGUUGUAAAAGCAAUAGUACACUGAACACGACGUGCAAACACACAAAACGAACGCGUCUUUCGCAAUUGUCUCAAUUUGUGAGUGCCCGACUCGUCAGUUUUUUGUGAUUUGAGUGAGUUGGUUUUUUACGUGACCAAUAAGAACAGCGAUAAAGGCGUUUGCAAGUGCAUAAAAACAAUACACAACGAAUUUGUUUAUAUCAUAUUUCUAAACAAAUACACGUCAAAUACAACAAAUACGAAUUUCACUUUUAAAGCGAGUGUAUAAGAAAAUACAAAAAGACUGCACCAACACAAGCGAACAUUUACGCUCAGACACGCAUACACAGGCGCAACUGAAACGAGAUUUGGAGACUUGUGUCUCGUGUGUAUGUGCAUGUUUGUGUAAGCGUGUAUUAGUGAGUUCGCCCCUCUUUAGCGCUGGGCAGCGACUACGUACAGGCGAGUGCAAAAAACCAACACUUUUUGGCGCCAAAACUUUGACAGUUCGCUUAGUCGUGCGAUUCGCAAACAAGUGUCCAAAGUGUAGGCAGCAAAACUGCGUCGCAUCGCAGUCCAAAACACAGGCAACAAAAAUAGAAACGAAACAAACAAAUUUUAAAUAAAACAACCAAACGAACAACAACAAAAACAUGGUCAGUGCACGCAUGCUCCAUCCGGUGGUGCGCAGUGAAUUCUGCAAGAUGAGCUUCAGUCCCGCCGUCAGUCGCAAUUCACCCUGCGGCCCUCAAUUGGAACGCAUUAAGCGAAAUCUCUUCGGUGCAGCACAGACGCCGCUGGUGGAGACCAAACCCUCCUUUAGCGCAGAACUGGAACGCCAUCAAGAGUUGGCCACAAAGAAAUGGGGCUUUGAUUUUCGUAGCGAUCGCCCGCUGGCCACCAAUGCCAGCUACAUCUGGGAGCGCGUCAGCACACAGGAAUCGGACUAUGCGCCGCAAAUGUACACACUCACCCGUGCCGCGCAUGUGCGUCCCGAUACCUAUGACUCGGCCAGCGACAUGGAUGUGCUGCUCAAUGAGCGCGCCGAUCGCGAGAAUUUGGCCAACUCUUCGCUGGACUCCAACACAGACACCGAGUAUGACUCACAGGAUGAGUCGCUGCCAUAUCGCUUCACCAGCAGCAGCGGCACCGGCAACGUGGUCGCCUCCACUUCGGCCGCCGCUUUGACCGCCUCCUCCUCGUCCUCCGCCAACAGCAAUUCGCCCGCGCAGCAACGCAAGCGACAGCUCAAAAUCACAGAGUUCAUGAAGGAGCGCAAGCGUCUGGCCCAAGCGCCCAAAAAAAUCUCACCCGCCAAACGUAUGCGCACCAGCUCCGGCAGCGGCAGCAGCAACGCCAGCUCCAGCUCGAGUACAGCUCUAUUUGGUUGCCAGCUGAAGCGUACGCGUCACAAUUAAACUCAGUCGGCUGCUGUGCGCCGCAUCCCAGCGAGAGUAGUUGCAACCUACUCGCCACCAAAAAGAAAAACGAAAGCGAAAACUCAAUUUGCAAUUUGUAUUUGUAAUAUUAUUUUUAAAUUUUUUAUAACACUGCAAACAAAAUACGUAAUUUUUUGUACACAUUUCGAUGGCUAACAUUUUAAGUAGCUUUCACAUUACAUUUUUUAUACAAAUUAAGUACUCAUUUUUGUGCAGUGCAAGGGCGUAAGUUGCGAAUAUUAACUAAUAGUCUAACUAGUUUAAAUGCCAGUUACUACAACCAGUACUAGUACUAGAACAAAAUAGCGACUAAGCAUUUAAGUAUCGAGCUAUAUGAAACUUUUUAGAUUUCUCUAGUGAGAAAUGCCAUAAACUAAGUGAUUAGUUCUUAACAACAACAACAAAACAAACACAAAAAAAAAACAACAACAACCACACGAAAAAACGUAAAAUUAAUUGUUUAAAGAAAAACAAAAACAAAUUAUCUAGAGACACCUUCAAUGAAAUCCACCUUUAACCAUGAAAUUUAUAAGCUACUAACGAAAUAUUUGUAAAUUCCAAAUUGAUAAAUUUUACCAGCAACUCUGCGGUUGCUUGUAAAAUUUACCAUGCAAAACUUGAUGUCGCUCUGCUUUACAAAAAUUCUACAUGUACACAUUUAUUUGUUUUUACACAUAUUUUUUUGUCGAAAAGCAGAGUAAUAUUGACUUUUUUCUCUCAAAACAGACCCUAAAACAAACAAUUAUUAGGCCUACAAUUUUACAGUCAGGCUUAUGCUUGUUUUUGUUUUUGCGGCUGUAACUAAAGUCCUUAAUUCGACCAGUGUUAUAACCCAUAAAUUAAGCCUAAAGCGUUUGCCAAUUUGUGCGCUUUUGCAAAUACAUGUUACCAUAUGUUGACGUAUUUGUAAAACCUCACAAAUUGCCAAUUUGUAAACUCUCAACUGUAUAAAAUUAAUUUCCAUCCGUUGCCAAAUUGUUUGGCAAAUGAUGAAAGAGAUUUUGCUUAACUAUCAUGUACAAAUGCUAUUAUUGAUAAACAUUUAUACAUAAACUAUUAUAUAUUUAGGCAGAGCCUAUAUUAUUAAAUAACAUUUUCACAGAUCAUCCUAAUUCAUAAGCUUAGCAUAGAACAAAAUCCAAAGUAUUCACUUAAUAUUUAUAUUUAAUUCAUAUUGUGUGUAUAAUCAAACUCAUACUUCAAUAAAAAGCAAAAAACUAGCAAACAAAAUACAAAAAAUAAAAACAAACAAAAAAACAAAUCAUAACAAACUACUCGUUAAUGCUGUACCAUCUAAAAUGGGUACUCAAUCGACACGAGUAGAUCCAUUCAGUUAUAUGUUGUUGUUUUCAUUUGUAGACUUGUAUUUGUUUAUAUCUAUCAUAACAUUAUAGUUUUGUAAGUCUAUUAAGUUGACUUUUGUUUUCAAUAAAAUUUUGUUUUUCUUUUUGUAGUAGCCUAAUUUCUAAUACAUAUAUUAUUAUAGCCGG